AUGCGUAGUCUGUUGACGCGUGGCGACAAGGAUAAAGUACCCGCCGAGCUCAAAGGAGCGCUCUCGCUACUACAACUGUCGGAUCUCGAGGGACUCGAAGAGCAGUUUCUCGCUACCGAUGCAUUUCUCAAGCCAUGGGCUGUGUUUCGCGAUUCUCUCUUUAUUGUGAAGCCUGGUGCAAUUACGGCCGCGACUGCAGUUGUUACAAGCGAUGGUGAUAGAGAAGGUAUCUCGCGCACGGACUUGCUGUGGUUUUAUACACAAUUCGACCAAAACACGUAUCGCCACCAUCCCAGUGUGGAUACCAGUAGUAUAUUCUGUGCCAUCGACAAGCGAGACUGGCGUGUUGAGGAGUAUGAGAAGCACCUCUUCGUGUGGCUGCUACAGACGUUCAAAGUCGGCAAAGCGCACAACCCGUGGGGAUUCGAUUACUUUCAACUGCGAAACAUUUGCACUGCUUGGCAAGCAGUGUUUGUACCGAUUGUAGAUGCAGUCCGUGCCUCAUACAGUAUCAAGGGUCGCCGACACUAUGGGCGCCUCGCGCUCUUCGUCGAGGAGAGAUGCUCCUCUGGUCUUGCCUUCCCCAAGGAAAACGUCAACAUCCCCCCGGGCAAUCUGAUAUCUUCAACUUCUUAUCGCGUCUUACUCAUGCCAAAGGAUACCAACGAAUCAGGUGUGCUGACACGAAAGCAUUACGACGAGACUGAGAAGGAACUUCGUUCUGUCUAUCCCCAGUACGGCGGCUUAGUUGAACGCCCAAGGUUCAAACAAAAGAUGGAGGUGUGGCUAGAGGAACAACGAGCGCGGGCAAAUUUGAGAAAGGCUGUUGAGCGGCCUAAUGAAGCCAAGCAUCCUCAACUUGAUAUUCUCAAGCGCGAUGACCGUCGAACUCCGGUGAAGAAGAUACUCUCAGGCAAGCACGAUAUAGACCCAGAGAAAGAGUGUAGUGCCAGUCCAAUCAAACGCUACUCGAACAGCUUACGACGCUCGCUAUCUCGUAGUGUGUCUAAGCAGAUGCCAAGGGAGGAGCCGAAGAGUCCGUUGCAUGGAGUCACGCGCCAGCUCUUCAUACCUGACGAGCCGCCGUCGCCUGGCCUACUGAAUGGGCAAACCAACUCGACAACCCAACGAAAUGGGAGCUAUGCUUCAACGUACUCAACUAAUACGACUAUUGUUACACCUUGGCCUCGUGUGGACACACAACGCAAAUCAUCUGAGCAAAGCGUCUACGAUUCAGUCCGCAUAUCCAAUUCAUUCAGCCCUUCGAAUGAGACACAGACUCUGCAAGCAUAUACAAAAACCAAUGGACCAGAGUCAUUGCCUGAGGGUCAGAUCACUGCCCUUCUGCAUCCUUUGCAUCGAAGUAGGAGCAUGCAACGUGAGCAGCAAGAUGCACACACCCCAGCUAGCGACCAAAACUCACAUGCGGAGUUAUGUAUUCCAAGCAAUAACGGUAGCGAGGGGGAGAAAAAUCCAUCGCUGGCGAACUUAGAAGCAGUCAGAAAAAAAACUGGUCGGACCCUAGAGACGAAGCGGCCCGCAAAACCACCAACCCGCUUGCCUGGACCAAUCAAACCUGCUCCAUAUACUGGCCAUUUGCGGGUCACUUCAGAAAACAACAACCGUACCGUACUGCCCAAGUCCCCUGGGGGACCCGAUACAGGCUUUCCAAAGCCAGUCGCGUGGCCAGGUACCUCCCCAACCAAUACAUCAGUAUUGUCCUGCAUAAACAACGAGGACAACUUUGCGCCGCCUGUCCCAACGAAAAGCCCCAUGCGAGGGGGCAAUACACGAGGCUAUACUGGCAUUCCCCAGUCACAACAGAGGAUACGUUUUGGGCCCGAUCGUGACUUGACCCGCAUAGUGUCGAAAGAAAACAUUCGUGCUGCACUUGGCGGACACUCAAGGGACAACUCAGAAGAAGGUGCUUUGCCACCGCCAUCCAGACCAAUGCGCAGCGACCAGGAUGCAGUGACCACUUCGGGGGUUGCUGUGCUGCAAACGUUCAACACACACAUGUUCCCGCGCAAGGCAAAUCGAAAGGGUACCCCGGUGGGAGCAUGGGUCGAUGCACGGAAAAGCAGAAACACAACUGGCGAGCCUCACUAG